UCUGCCACUGCCGCGUCGCUGUCUCUGCGGUGUUCUCCCAUAUCUCGAUCGCCGUCGAUCGCUUAAAAUUUUAAAAUUUUUUUUUUUUUUUUUUUUUAAUAUCAUUAAUUUUUAAUAACAAUAAUAUUUCGGUCGCCCUAGCGCCGUCUGCAGAACGUUUUUCAUCCAACGCACCGGCGGACGCAACAACCUGACAGAACGCCGCGAAACGUAGUCCGAUCGACGAGCGUGCGAUCGACGAAAGAGCGGCCGGAUACGCAGCCGGCCGCCGCCGAGCCGUGCCGCCGUUGCGGUUGUCAGACUACGUUUUCGUUUGACUUCGACGAGGCCGCCGUUCUAUUUUUCGUCAUCGUCGUCGCCGUCGUUGUUGUUGUUGUUUUUCGCGCGAGCGAACAUCGCAGCCACACUGCCACAACCACGGUAGUCGUUUCCCGCGCAGGGCGCACCGCGUUCGGCGUUUUUUCAAAACACCGAUAGUUUCCCGCGCUAUUCCCGACCCUGAAAUCGCACUAUCCGCGACCAGAACACUAACGCCGCGUUAUCUUUCUCUCGGUAUUUUUCUCCGCCCGUCCCGCACCGCUACCGGAAACUCUUCCGGAAAAACCACCGAAAGCCAUCAUAACCGCGGUUUUCCCGCGCCAUGAGACGGUGCGCGGCCCAAUCGUGCCAGGACAGGAAGCAGUGAUAAUAGUAAUUAUAAUAAUAUAUCGUCAUAUAAUAAUAUAAGGCCUGCGAUUUCGGACAGUAGCGAACACCCAGAGUACCGUUGAGACACACGCGUGCGGUGGCACAUUGACCGGUUGGAAAACAUCUUCGAACGGCUCCAAAACGGAACGCAUACUGAAAAUCAUGGGCUGCGUUCAGUCGCUAUUCAAUUCUUCGAAGACGAGGAGUCCGUCCCCAGAAAAGGGAUUCGAAAUGCCAACGUUUGAGACUAUGCCUGUAACACAACAACCGCAAAAAUCUUACAACACCGGAAUAUCAGUGGCGGACGACCGCGUACACAGCGACAUAGAAGAUGACAAUAUGGACUACGAAGACGAGGACGACGACAUUGCCUUCAGAUGCGAUGACUUUGACAGGUACGCGAUGGAGAUAGACGGCGAUCUGCACUCGGUGCACUUCGAGAAGGCAACGGCUUGUACUGAGUUAGUUUCUAACUCGGGGACGGUGGCCAUACCGAGAACGACGGCCAAGUGCAAAUCGGCGGACGCGUCACCGGCCAACAAACGGCAACGGCCGCAGCUCGUCGGGUCAUUAUCGCAGCCCCAAUUGGAGUCACGCUUCGUAAAGGCGACGGCGGUGAGGAAACUAGCUGCAGAAACUGGAACAAUAGCGGUUCUAAGCUCUACCACCGAACCGGAACCGGAACCAAUGUACGUGUGGACAGAAAAAGCUCACUACAGUGAUCGCCUGGCAGCCAGAUCAGGGGGUCCCGUGGCCGCACUGUCUUUGGACGCCGGUCCACCGCCACCGACUCCGUCGCCGUUUUCAUCGUCAUCAACUGAAUGGCCGGUGGCCGGUGACUCUAGGAAAAGCGAUCUUGACCGGAUACCCGUGGGCGUGAUUGAGGUGUUGGAUUGCGAACCAGCGGACCAGUGCCGUCCGACGCCACCGAAAGCGCAACGGUACCCGAAGUCACAGAGAGUCGCCUCCCGCAACCAGAACAUUCCAUUGCCGGUCAUACACGCGAUGGAAAUGAAACCCAACGCCCUUGGCCACGACGAGCUUUUCAAGACCGUGACGGUGCAGCCACCGUCGUCCGACAGACAUGGAUACCGUCCGCGUAUGACCACCGGAAGCUCGACGUUUGAUUCAUCCUGCCGGAAACCGUUUAUCCGGCAGUCCAACAAGACUAAAGAAUACAAGUUCACCGAAGAUGACUAUGCAGCCGUGACGGGAUGGAUGGCAACCAUGCCGGUGUUCGCCAAAUGUCCGCCCGCCAAGUCCAAAAGUCUCCCUUCAAGGGACGCAAUACCACCGAGUACAUCAACAGCAGAAGGAACAGGAGAUAGACAGCAUGGUGUUCUUCGAGGGUCUUCGUUACCGUAUGAUAACGGCAGUGCAGAAAAUUCAUCGAAACCUAUCAAACGCGACAAUGACAAGAUAGCUAUAAUGGUACCGAUCUCAGUCGAAUCUACAACGGUAGUACCAGAAGUUAUACACAAAUCUGAUGAGCUUAAAAAAUUAGUUUUGAACGACAAACCAGAUGGAAACCAUGAAAUGGACAUAAUAGUUAAAUCAGACACAAACGUUGAAUCAGACAUGAAUGAAAAACCAAAUGAAAAAUAUAUAUCAGACGAUACCAAAGCUCCUGGUGAUAACGUUGAAUCAGUUGUGAAAGUCGAAAAAGAGUUAGAUCAAAAAAAUGAACAUCACGUUGGAGAAGUCUGUACAAGCCAGGAAGAUGGAGAUGUCGAUAAGAUUAAUUCUAACGAUUCAAAAUACCAGGUGUCGGAAUUGGACACUGAGUACCGUUUGACGAUGAUACAUAGCGUGCGAGAGGCUGUGAACCGGAUAUGUGAACAGGCUGUGGAGAAGACUGCAGCUAUAGUCAGGAACAGAAACAUCAAAAAACGUAAUAGCAAUUCCUCCUUAAUAAGCUCGCUCAAGGAUCGUGAUGCUGACAAUUCGGAAACAGCCGAUUACGCAAGCAGUGACUUUUCAUUACCACCGCCACCGCCGCUACAACAGCAUUCAUUGGACACGGGUUCAACAGGUCAAGAAUCAUCAUGGCCACCACCGCCGACUCUUUCUGAAGCGGAAGAAGAGAGGACCAUAGCACCUGCAGGAUAUUCAUUUGACUUACCAGAUCCACCGACCGAAAUGGAUCAGAUGGAUUCAGAGACAGAUAAACUAGAUAUAUCUGACGAAGAAAUGAGAGCUACUGGCUUACCAUCAGACGAUGAUGACAAAACCGAUACAGAAGCUGGCGACGGCGGAGUAGAAAACGAUCUUCCCGGGAACGAAAUCGUCGUCAUGAAAUCGACGGCCAGUGGCGGUGGAUCGUCCGACGGAUCGAUGGAGGCGACAGUUGUUGUGCCGCAAGACAAUGGUGCAGACGAUCGGGCUGCUACCACCAUACAGGCAGUGUACCGUGGAUUCCGAGCCCGGAAGUACGUGGAGGCGGUGAACGCUGCCGCGGUUAAGAUCCAGGCGGGCUUUCGAGGCUACCGGGUCAGACAGUCCCUGAAGAACGCAGCCCCGUCAACGGCCACAACGGCCACGGACGACAGCCAGUGUUGGUCAGACGAUGACCAAAAGUCGGUCGUGUCCGUCAUCUAUACGCCGCUCAAAGAGUACGGAUGCGAGCCACGUGGCGCCGGCGACGGACGAGGGGACGGCGAUGACGAGUCAACUUCCGGUAUCGGUGGCGAGGACAGUGUUUCAGGUGUUGUCGCCGACGGCGAUGUCGUCAGCGGUGGUAACGGUAAUGGUGACGGUGUUGGUGAUGACCAUAGUGUUGUCGUCGGUAGCAUUGGCGAUGGUCAUGUUGUUGACGCAGGUGUUGGAGUCAGUGGUGCAAUUGGUGUUUACGUGGACGACGACGACGACGAUGAUCAGCUGCAGUCGGGCGACGACGAAGUUUUCGAGCGUGACGACAAAGACAAUAUUAGUUAUGGUAGCGGUGGUGUUGGUGGUGGCGACAUCGGACUUCCGGCGACGAUUCCGACAACCACUCUGACAGAACCGACGAAUUCGACCAAAGUGUCCGCAGUGGACGACGUGGCCGAAGCGGAAGCGCUGGUCCAAGCAGCCGUCAAGAUACAGGCUAGGGUCCGUGGUUUUGCGACCAGAAAACGCUUGAACGAGGAAAAGAAUGACGGCACCGACAAACAACAAUAAACAUGUCUCAAUAAUAAUAAUAAAAAUAUGUCAUAACGAUAUAUACAUCACACUCCUCUAUUUCAAAACUCAACAGUUUUUGUUUUAUUCUCUCUCUCUCUCUCUCUCUCUCUCUCUCUCUCACUCUCUCUCCCUGUCUCUCUAUAAUAUUAUAAUCCUUCGUCUGUCUAUAAUGUCAUAUUUUAUGUGUCUACCUAUCUUUAUCCGCCAGAUGCGCUGUCACUGUUAAUUCAACACAUCGUCUUUAAAAUAAUAAUAACAAUAUUUAAUUAAUAGUUUUCGCGUGAACGGGUGACAGACAACAAGAAUUAUUACGCGUACGAAUUAUUACAGUAUAUACUCUGUAUACGAUAAUCUCACGAUUACUCGUACAAUAAAAAAUUAUAUACGAAAUACACAUAAAACAUAAUGCUUUUGGAUAAACGCCCGCGUAGAUUUUGAAAUUGAAAAAUUCUAAUCUUCGUUUUUCGCUAUUUUUUUGACGCACGCGAAUCUGAAUAACAAACAUAACGUAACACGCAGUAAUGCGAUUUCACGUAUCCUUCGACACUGACACACGUUCUACCGUUAACCAAUCAUUCGCUUAGUUAAAUAAAUUACACACCGGAAACUUCAACGAUAUUAUGCUUAUUAAUGUAUUUCUGAUAAACAUAAAAAAUGUAUUGGUCUGAAAAUCGAUUAACCUCUCACAAUACCAACUACAAUACUAUGCCGUCUGUCACCUUAUAUUCAAUGUUAAGAAUAUUUUCGUGUUUCAAUGUGCUCUACGCAUUAAGCUUAUAAUGUUUACUUGUUGCCCAAGCAACGAAUUAAUUAAGUAGUAUUUAAAUUUUAAAGUGAAUCUUAAUUUUUUGUCUCGCUACACUCUUUAUUUGUCAAUGAUUCAACUAUACAUUAAGGUUAAAACAAACACUGGAAAAUUCAGCGAAGAUAUAAUGAUUUGUAUGUCUAUUCAUUAUCCAUAUUUAUGUUCAAUUAGAUAAGGCAAUUGUGUGUGGCUUACAAAAUAUAGAAAAUUACAUACAUAAAUUAUAAUACUUAUCAAGUCGAUGCUUUAUUGCAGGGACGGCCAAACUUUUUUUGGACACGAUCUACUAAAAAUAUAUUUCACCUUUGAGGAUUAAUUUCGAUAAAAAAAAAUGUUUUAUUAUUAAGUUACAAUACCACCAUAAUUAAUUUUCAUGUGCGUAGCCUAAAAAUAAAUUCUAACACAAUCGACUUUAAAUCGUUUGCGAUCUACUAUUUGGCCGCUCCUGCUUUAUUGGAUGUUCAUAAAAUAAUGAAUCUGAUUACAUUAUCUAUUGUUUACUUUAAGAUUAUAUUCAUAUUUAAACAUUAGCACCUAUCUGAUUAAUAUGAUACUAUCAAAACAUUCAUCUUAAAUUAUUGUUUUUAAGCAUUAUCUAAAUGUUAGAAAAUA